ACUGUUUGUUGAGGCCAGCCUGGGGCCAUAGAAUGAGCUCCUGGUCAGCCUAGGCUAAAGUGAGACCCUACCUCAAAAAAAAGAAUCAAACAAACAAAUGAAAGAAUCAGCCCCAAAAACAUCUUGAUAGAGGUUGGGGAGAUGGCUCAGUUAAAACGCACUUGUGUGGCAAAUCUCCCAACCAGAGUUCAGGACCCCAGCACCCAUGGGAAGCCAGAUGCAAAAGCGGUGCAUAUUUGUAAUCCCAACACACCUACAGCAACGGGAGGCAGAGUCCGGAGAAUCCUGAAGCCCUUGAGGCCAUCUAGUCCGACAACAGCGAGAGAACGUGUCUCAAACAAGCACUCCCUUCUUCAGAAGUUUCUUCCUUUUCCAACAAGGACACCCGGGGGUCACGAUGUUGGCUGCUGCUCUCUUAAAGGCCAAGUCCCAGGAGUUGGUAACAUUUGAGGAUGUAGCAGCAUACUUCAUCCGGAAAGAGUGGAAGCGUUUGGAACCUGCCCAGAGGGAUCUCUACAGAGAUGUGAUGCUGGAGAAUUACGGGAAUGUGUUCUCGCUGGAUGGUGAAUCCAAAACUGAAAAUGAUCAAGUAAUUUCUGAUGAGACAGAAUCACGUGAGAUGAUAUUAGAAACAUUCCAGAAGAAUAUUUCUCAGGGUCUUGAGUUUGAAGAAGCCUUUGAACAAGAAGUUCGGCUCAAGGGGCAGUUAGGGAGCUCCUCUGGCGAAAGAUUGAAUAGAAAAAUGCAAGUGCUUGAUCAAAUGACAGUUGAGGAAAAGCUCACUCACAUGGGGGAAAGAGAUGAGACGUGUAAUGAGUUUGGGAGUUCCAACUUGACUUCUCCCCAGAGACUCCCUAUGGGAGACCGACCCCAUAAAUGUGAUGAAUGUAGCAAGAGCUUUAAUCGAACUUCAGACCUUAUACAGCAUCAGAGAAUCCACACCGGCGAAAAGCCUUAUGAAUGUAGUGAAUGUGGAAAGGCCUUCAGCCAGAGUUCACAUCUUAUUCAGCACCAGAGAAUCCACACUGGAGAGAAACCGUAUGAAUGUAAUGACUGUGGGAAAACCUUCAGCUGUAGUUCUGCGCUCAUUCUCCAUCGGCGGAUCCACACCGGGGAGAAACCUUACGAAUGCCAUGAGUGUGGAAAGACCUUUAGCUGGAGCUCCACACUCACUCAUCACCAGAGAAUCCACACUGGCGAGAAACCCUAUGCUUGUAAUGAAUGUGGGAAGGCCUUCAGUAGGAGCUCCACACUCAUUCAUCACCAGAGAAUCCACACUGGAGAAAAGCCCUACGAAUGUAAUGAAUGUGGGAAGGCCUUCAGCCAGAGCUCGCACCUGUAUCAGCACCAGAGGAUCCACACUGGAGAGAAGCCCUACGAAUGUGGGGAGUGUGGAGGCAAGUUUACCUAUAGCUCAGGCCUUAUUCAGCAUCAAAGGAUCCACACUGGGGAGAACCCCUAUGAAUGUAGUGAAUGUGGGAAAGCCUUCAGGUACAGCUCCGCUCUUGUUCGCCACCAGAGGAUUCACACUGGAGAGAGGCUGUAUUAGUCAGGGUUCUCUAGAGGAACAGACCAUAGAGUGGACUGUAUUAAAAGGGAAUUUCUUGGAUUAGUUUAUGGCAGUUCAACAAUAGUAGGGUGCAGGCCUGAGAGUCUAGGAACCCGGUAGCUGCUCAGUCCACGAGGCUGGAAGCCUCAGCAGUCCCAGUCCGGCCCUGGAGGCCUGGAGGGCGGCUGCUCUGCAGUCCAGCGGGAAGGCAGCACCCAGCACUGGCCGUCAGGCGGGAGGAGGGGAUACUUUCCUUCCCAGAGCUUCUAUAGAUAAAGCCCCCCUCCGAGAGGGGUGGCCCACUCUGAGAGAAGGAUCCCUCCUUCAGUUAAUCCUUCCUGGUCCCACUUCUGAGGAAUGUCUGUGGGUUCCUAAAGAGAUCAAGUUGACACAAACCUAACCAUCACAGAGGCCUUUGAAUGUAAUGGCUGUGAGCACAAGUUCUCUCAGCGCUUCUGGUGAAUUAAGUGUCCGAGAGUCUAUGUGAAGGAGCCACACCCAUUUUCCUCAGUUUCCCAGUCUGAAGCGCUCUUGCCUUACUUACUUUACAAUUAUGAACCACUUAGGACACAGCCCUUCCACCUCAGCCCUUCCACUUUAGAGAGGACAGUUUGGGGGAAAUCAUCCUGGCACAGUGAUCAGCAACAGAAUGGAUUUCCUGGGAAUGACACCAGCUUUUAAAAACAGGCAAGUGGCAGGGGAAGUACUGGGAACGGCAGGAAGCUUGGGGACUAGUCACCCCUUUUGAAAGGGGGUUUGCACUAAACUCUUUCUCACACCACAGGAGCCUUUCUUUCCAAGGUGGGCAUGGCAGCAGGGUUGGAAAAAAAAACCCUAAGGACUUCACUAGGUGGAGUCAGUGUAGU